AUGCCUCUAGCGAACAACAACCCUAACCCAAACCCUGAGCCAUUUGAGAGGUUCUUUCGAGGAUGGCUGGUCAGGCAAGAGGAAGUCCGCCGGCUACUCCACCAAGCAAAUGAGUUCCACUGCAACCAGGCAAGAGAAGGCGAUGAAGCGAGGCUGCAAGAGCUGAUAGGGAGAGUGCUGGCGCACUACGCGGAGUACUACGAAGCCAAGCAGAGAGUGGUGCGAGAGGACGUGCUGAUCUUGUUCGGACCGCCAUGGCUCACUCCCUUCGAGCGAAGCCUCCUCUGGAUUGGUGGGUUGGGGUUCUAA